AUGGUUUCGCAGCACUAUCAUCCGUCAUCAUAAAUACGAACAGAACUUACAAGAAUUGCGUAUUAAUUGUAAAAUUACGAGAUCAUAGUUUCAAGAAGUGUGAUCUAAACCAACCAGCUGCAACCAUGUCCUACGCAUACUUGUUCAAAUACAUUAUCAUUGGCGAUACUGGCGUCGGAAAAUCAUGUCUGCUGCUGCAGUUCACGGACAAGCGCUUUCAGCCGGUGCACGAUCUGACAAUUGGCGUGGAGUUUGGAGCACGCAUGAUCACGAUUGAUGGCAAACAGAUCAAGCUGCAAAUCUGGGACACAGCAGGCCAAGAGGCUUUUAGAUCAAUCACCCGCUCGUAUUAUCGUGGUGCUGCUGGGGCCUUACUGGUGUACGACAUCACAAGGCGUGAGACCUUCAACCAUCUGACCACAUGGCUGGAGGACGCGCGCCAGCACUCGAACUCAAACAUGGUGAUCAUGCUCAUUGGCAACAAGAGCGAUCUGGACUCGAGGCGUGAGGUGAAAAAGGAGGAGGGCGAGGCAUUUGCCCGUGAGCAUGGACUGGUCUUCAUGGAGACAUCAGCGCGCACAGCGGCCAACGUGGAGGAGGCCUUCAUCAACACCGCCAAAGAGAUUUACGAGAAGAUACAGGAGGGAGUGUUCGAUAUAAACAAUGAGGCAAACGGCAUUAAAAUCGGCCAACAGCAUUCACCCACAAACCCCUCGCUGCCUGGGUCUGGCGGAGCAGCUGGCGCUGCAAACAGUGGCUGCUGCUAGGAGUAAGCGGCAGAUGCCUGCCAGCAACAUUGGGUAUAGACGUAGACCGCUUCUGUAAAAGCUACUCUAGUGACUAACUAAUAGAAGGUACUAGCUGAGACACAGAUAUCUUGUUUUCUAACUUCAAAAGCAAACUAACCACAGGCAGAUCAAAUAGCAAACAAAACACACUAAGCGUAAUGUUAAAAUCAUUCAAUCCCACAACUACUACACUUGAGCUACGUUUUAAUUAAAGAACAAACAGAUGCAAAAUACCAAACGAGAGAAUCGAAAAAUAAACCAAAACAGAUAACAUAUAGCAUUCGUAUGUGUAUGUGUAAAUGUGUCGUGUCGUGCGUGAUUUCUAAAUUUUAUAAACUUUAACGAGACACAUAUGUAUACCUAAAUGUUUUUUAUGUAUAUUUUUUGUGUACUAUAUUAAAAUUAGUUUGCAAGUUAUCUUUGUGUAAGGACAGAUCAGACGCAUAGUUAUACACCGGUGGGGUCUAGGUCGUGCCGGACAAAAUGCUGUGUAAUAUAUAGACAAACUGAAAAUAUGUGAACUUCUCUCAUUGUGAUUUGUUUUCAGCGAGCCAUCCAGUCGCUGCCCUGCAACGCCGCGCCACGCCCCAUUUUGCAAUUGGUGUCUGCCCCUGCCCUGCCCCAUCUACACACAUACAUACCUACAUAUGUACAUAAUUAUGUGCAUAUUUUUAUAUUUAAUUCUCAACGCAUUUGCUUUGUUCCGACAUUUUAUUGUGCAAUUGGAUCCACUCUACACCCGUGUCACUCUAUUCAUAAGCUAAAACGAAAAGAAAAA